AUGAUAAAAGAAAACACAAUUGAACAUAUACUAUUGGUGCAUGAGAUCCAACAACAAAAACGCAGAAAUUUGAUAGCUAUGGCGAAUGUCUCGGGAGAUUCACCGUUGAUCAAUCCAGAUAAACCAUCGAAAUUAGAUGAGCAAGCAACAUCUGCACCUGCAUUUCCGAACACUCGAUGGAUGAAUGUCACUACAGAUUUCUCGCGUAAUCCUGGUAUACUCGAUGAUGUAUUCAAAAAAAUAAAAGAUUUGAUGCCGCCAACAUUCGAAGGCGCGAAGUUGUCUGUCACCAAAAUGCUUAGUAGUCAUUUUCAAGUUAGUCAUUCAAUGACACUAAGUAGCGGAUCCAACAGUGGUUAUAAAUUUGGUGCUAACUAUGUUGGUACACAGCUCUACUCACAAUCUGAGAUAUUCCCGGUGAUCUUAGGUGAUGCUGAUCCAAAUGGUAAUGCCAAUGCUCAAAUCAUACAUCAAUGGAAUGAUAAACUACGAACACGUAUAUUAGCCCAAGUACAAUCGUUUAAAAUGGCUGGCUAUCAAGUGUCCAUGGACUAUCGAACACCGUAUACGAGCACAACGUUAACGUUAGCGAAUAUUGACUUGAUUACUAAUUCUGGAAUUGCCAUUUUACAACAUUUGACACGCGUAACAAAAAACCUAGAUAUCGGUGCUGAAAUUGUUUACCAAGCCAAUCCGAUGAUGCCCGGAGGACAUAUUGGUAUAAAUAGUUUCGUUGCCAGAUACCGAGGUCUUGAUUGGUUUACUGGUGCGAAAAUAAGUCCGAUCGGUGCAUUAAGUAUUGGGUAUUUCCAUCAGAAAACCAAUAGUCCACUCCAGCUAGGAGUGGAACUAGAGGCGUCGAUUGCCUCAAAAGAGACUUCAGCAACAUUCUCCUAUCAAUAUGAUUUAGGAAAAGCAAAUACGACCUUUCGAGGUAUGGUUGAUACUAAUGGUCUUGUAACUGCUGUUAUUGAAAAACGUCUCGCACCAUUGCCGUUUACAUUCAUGCUCAGCAGUUCGUUGAACCAUGCGAAAGCUGCCUACCGUUUUGGCAUUGGUCUACUUAUUGGCUAA